AUGUACUUGGUAUAUUUAAUUGCAAGUCACUUUUGGGGGCCAGUUGCCAACUGGGGACUUCCUGUUGCUGCUUUUAAUGACAUGAAGAAAUCGCCAGAAAUCAUUAGUGGACGAAUGACAUUUGCACUGUGUUGUUACUCCUUGACUUUCAUGAGAUUCGCCUACAAAGUGCAGCCAAGGAACUGGCUUCUUUUUGCAUGCCACUUGACCAAUGAAGUUGCACAACUUAUUCAAGGAGGACGACUGAUCAAAUACAGGAUGGAGAAAAAGAACUAAAUAUCUAACUUGAAAUAUGCCAGGGAAUGUAUUCAGCCUGAAUUACAACUGAGGAAGACUUGCCAUCUACAGUUGCUCUGACAAUUACAGUGGAGAUAAAAACCCCACCUGUUAUGAAUAUGACCCCAUCAAGAAUUCUUCUACUCACUUUUUUAUCUUGCCUUUUAAAAAGUACUACUCAGCAAUGUAAACCAUUACAUUUAAAGUCUUGCUGCCUUACAGGUCCAUAAUAACUACCCUUUUAAUGAAAAGUUAGUCACCCAAGUAACAAGCAACAUUUCUUAUCUAACAGCCCACAAAAAUGGCCCAUUGUGGUUUGACAAAACCAACAUGUUUUCAAAUCAACAUGAACAGAGGUCAGUAAACAGAACUGUAGGUGGUAUCAUUAUUCUAUGUAUUAACAUAUUCUUAAAAGCCAUUUAACUUGAGUGGAUUCAUUCCUAUUCUUGUCUUUUUUUCUUUUUUUUUAUUUAAGCAGUGGCUUGCUGAUCUACAAGAACAAAUGUGUAGAUAGGCAGCCUGGAAGUGACCAGCCAUCCCUCUUCCAUUACUGCAUGCCUUGUCUCAGUAAAGAGACUUCAUCAUUAACGUACAUUUUUAAGUCGCACAUUAUUUAAAGAAGGCUUGGAAAAACAAAAGCAUAGCACUGAAUGAAGGAAGGCAACAAAGUUCUCAAAGAAGUUCUAAAUGAAUAUUUUUUUUCCUACUGUUUGAGUUGUUCUAGGUGUAUGUAAUCCUUACAUGGGCAAAAACUUGUUUGUAGUCUUAAGAUCUGAAGGACACAAAGUGCCUUUCAGUAGUUUUGACUUCAAUGCAAGCGUGGUUUUCCUGCGUGGCCUGCCUGAAAGUUACAGUGCUGUAAAGAUUAAUAUGACAAAGAAUGUAAGAAUGUAUGCGAUGGAUUUUAUUUCAGUGCCGUGGUUUUGAACAAUAAACAUGUUCCAAAUGGCAAUAAAUCUCUUGAACACUU